AUGAUGAUGGAAAAAUCUGCUAACUAUAAAUCUAAAAAUAAAAAACCGGCGGCGAAACCAAAAUCUACCAAAAAACGGAAAAGUGAUGGACCCACAUGUUCCAUGUUCUUAGCUGAACUUAGAAGAAAACUUGCACACAAAGGUAAAGAGGAAGAGGAAGAAGAAUCCCCAAGAAAUAUUAUUCAAACAAUUAUCGAGAGCAUCACAAAUGCCUUACCAGUCAAAUUUUCUAAGAAACCGCCUUCGAAGAAAGAAUCACCUAUGAAAAUUGAAACUCUGCAAACAUAUGCACCUGAACUCUUGCCAAACGAUACCAUAGAGGUUCCACACGCAGUUAUUAGCAAUUCAGACAUCCCUGUACUCAACGAAGACACACAACCAUCGCCACAACGUAGACAAGGUUUUAAAAUUCCAAAAAUGCCACUCACCAGUAGUGAUGUAUUUAAAACAGCUGUGGACAAGAAACAAAAUGUAGUAACAGAGGAUGUAGCAGUGAACACGGGCGGUGAACACGACGUAGCAAGUGAAAUAGCCAAACAUGUAGGAACACUAAGGAAAAUUUCAUUAAUAGCAGAAGAGUUUAAUCAAAAAACCGCUAAAAAUUUAAAAGAAAUUGUCGACAGCGUUCAAGAAGAUUUACUAAAAAAGUUGGAAGAAAUACAAGCUGAACAAAAAGCUUCUUCAUCAAAGUCUGAAUAAUUUGUUUAAGAACUGUAUAAAUAUAAAAGUGAAACAGACGAAAAAACUUGACAGA